AUGGUUGUGCCACUAGGUCCGGGGAAGUUCUACGGCAGCAGCCUGCCGCGCCCGCGCUUCUACACCGACGUCAAGCUCAGCUCCGAGAGGGUCGAUCCACCGCCCUCAGUCACCGAUCCGCUCAUGUCGUGGGCGCAGGAGGCCCACUGGUCCAUGGGCGGCCUCAACGUCAAGCGCCACCGCCUCCAGGGGCGGAUCGAGGGCAGCAUCGAGAAGCUCCGAGCGCAGAAGGAGCAGAUCUUCAAGCGCACUCCCAUUCCGAAGAAAUCCGCCGCGAAAUCGGCCGCAGAAGACCAGAUCCGUGUCGAGAUCGAUAAAACCCCCUCCCCGCCGUGCGCUCCGGUGGCGAUUAAGCGGCGGCGCGUGGUCGGAUUGAUGGAUGAGGAGGAGGAGGACGAGGAGGAGGAGGUUGUAGCGGUGAGGAAAGGUCCGGUGAGGAAAUUGGGGGAUGAUUUCGAGAGAGUGGCGAGGGAGAGUGGGAUGGCGAGCAGCUCCGGCGGGGAAAUUGGGGGCGGCGCUGCGGCGAGGACGAGGAGUAAGGCGAAUUUGAGUGGUGGUGGAGAUGGGAAAAGGGGGGAGAAGAGGAAAUUGGUUAAGGGAGGGAGGAAGAUUGGGGGUGCUCUGGUGGCUGCUGCCGCCGGAAUCAGAAGCUCGCCGCGGUUGUCGAAGAUGUGUUGA